CACAGUCGAGAGCUGUCACUAUCGUCGCGAGCAGCAACAAAACCUCGAAGUGAGCGAUGGCAACUAAAGAGAAACAGGUGGGAAAUAAUAUUUCUAAGCCGAUCUUCUGCGAGUUAUCCGCUAACGAGCUAGAGCCGGAAAUCACGGAGAUCGAGAGUUUGUGCACGGAUUGCGGUAAAAAUGGUAUCACCAAGCUGUUGCUCACGAAAAUUCCGUAUUACAAGGAUGUGGUGCUCAUGUCCUUCGAUUGCGAGCACUGCGGCUAUCAGAAUAACGAGAUACAAAACGCCGGCAAAAUCGGAGAGAAGGGGAUCAAAAUAAUGUUGCAGGUCUCGUCGCCGCAAGAUUUAAAUCGUCAAGUGGUCAAGUCCGACUACACCAGCGUUUUUAUUCCUCACAUAGAUUUCGAGAUUCCUGCACGUUCCCAGAAGGGCGAGGUUACAACGGUAGAGAGUAUUAUAGAUAGGAGUAUCGCUGCAUUGGAGCAGGAUCAGCCAAGGCGCCGGGAAGAAUUCCCGGAUACCGCAGUGGCGAUAGAUUUAUUUAUUAGCAAAUUACACAUGCUGAAGAUAUUAGAGGAGCCUUUCACCAUUAUUUUUCAAGAUGUGUCAGGGAAUAGCCACAUAGAGAACCCGAAGGCACCGCUCAAGGAUAACGGAUGCACUGUAACGUAUUUCAAGAGAACGAAAGAACAGAAUCACAUGUUGGGAUUUUACUCAGACAAUGAAGAUGCUUUGCUCAAGCCGAUACAGGAGGGAGAAUACUCUUUGGAACAAUUUGAGGGCGAAGUAAUGACUUUUCCUACCAAUUGCCCGGAUUGUAACAGUCCUUGCGAAACAAAUAUGAAGCUGACAAACAUACCACACUUCAAGGAAGUCGUUAUAAUGGCCACACUUUGUGAAUAUUGUGGUCACAGAACUAACGAGGUCAAAAGUGGCAGCGGGAUCGAGGAUCAAGGAGUCAGAAUUGAAGUAACGAUCACAGGUAAGGAGGAUUUCGGUCGUGAUUUGCUCAAAUCCGAGACUUGUGACAUGGAGAUACCCGAGCUCGAACUGGAAGUUGGCCCGGCGACUUUGGGCGGUCGUUUUACGACUGUCGAAGGUAUCAUAGCAGCGAUGAAGGAACAGCUGUCCACAUCUACAGCUUUCACCGGCGAUACCAGCGAUUCGGAGACUGUGAAAAGGAUGGAGCUAUUUAUCGUGCAGCUAGAAGAGGUUCUGAACGGCCAGAAAAAGAUAACCCUGAUUUUGAACGACCCGGCUGGCAACAGCUAUGUGCAGAGCCUCUCCGAUGACGGGCCUGACGGUAGAUUAAAAAUCACAAAGUAUGACAGAAGCUUCGAGCAGAACGAAGAACUUGGGCUCAACGAUAUGAAAGUAGAGAAUUAUUAGGUUUUUAUUGAAAGAGACGAACGAAUGUCCAAAGUACUAUCAUCGAUGUACAAAGAGACAGUGAUGGCUAGACGAUGAGAUGAGUACGUUUUCAACGUAUUAGGCUGUCGUUGAUGUAACAUAGGUUUUAUUGUUGAACUUUAUCAUGUAAAAAAUAUAAAUUUUAUAUUAUUUUCACAAAGUAGAA